AUGCAGUGGACGCGCCGAGUCGUGACUACCCGUCCAGCCCUGCCGGACGAUCGCCUCAAAGGUCGCGUGCGAUCGCCGUGGCAGUAGUACGGAACUGCGACCAUGCUGUGGAGCGGAGGUUGGCGGCUCACGGUGCAGCUGGGCUGCCUGCGCGGCGUUCUCUGGGCGCCUACCCAUAGGACCCUCAGACAACUGGUCUCCUGCAUCGACCCUUCCAUGGGACUAAAUGAAGAGCAGAAGGAAUUUCAGAAAGUGGCCUUUGAUUUUGCUACCCAGGAAAUGGCUCCAUAUAUGGCUGAGUGGGACCAGAAGGAACUGUUCCCAGUAGACGUGAUGCGGAAAGCAGCCCAGAUAGGCUUUGGGGGGGUCUACGUUCGAACAGAUGUAGGUGGGUCUGGACUGUCACGGCUUGAUACCUCUGUCAUCUUUGAAGCCUUGGCUACAGGCUGCACCAGCACCACAGCUUACAUAAGCAUCCACAACAUGUGCGCCUGGAUAAUUGACACAUUUGGAAAUGAGGAGCAGAGGCACACAUUCUGCCCCCCACUCUGCACCAUGGAGAAGUUUGCUUCCUACUGCCUCACUGAACCAGAAAGUGGAAGUGAUGCUGCAUCCAUUUUGACCUCAGCUAAACAGCAAGGAGAUCAUUAUGUCCUUAAUGGCUCUAAGGCCUUCAUUAGUGGUGGUGGUGAGUCGGAUAUCUACGUGGUCAUGUGCCGGACCGGAGGACCAGGCCCCAAAGGCAUCUCAUGCAUAGUUGUUGAGAAGGGAACCCCUGGCCUCAGCUUUGGCAAGAAGGAGAAAAAGGUGGGGUGGAACUCCCAGCCAACUCGAGCCGUGAUCUUUGAAGACUGUGCUGUCCCUGUGGCCAACAGAAUUGGGAGCGAGGGGCAAGGCUUCCUCAUAGCCAUGAAAGGACUGAAUGGAGGGAGAAUCAAUGUUGCCUCCUGCUCUCUGGGGGCUGCUCAUGCUUCAGUCGUCCUCACCCGAGACCACCUUAAUGUUCGCAAGCAGUUUGGAAAACCUCUGGCUAGUAACCAGUACCUGCAGUUCAAACUGGCCGACAUGGCAACAAGGCUGGUGGCCGCACGGCUUAUGGUCCGCCACGCAGCCGUGGCUCUGCAGGAGGAGCGGGAGGAUGCCGUGGCCCUGUGCUCCAUGGCCAAGCUCUUUGCUACAGAUGAAUGCUUUGCUAUCUGCAACCAGGCUCUGCAGAUGCAUGGAGGAUAUGGCUACCUGAAAGACUAUGCUGUCCAACAGUAUGUGCGGGACUCCAGAGUCCACCAAAUCCUAGAAGGUAGCAAUGAAGUGAUGAGGAUGCUCAUCUCUCGAAGCCUAAUUCAUGAGUAGUGCCCAGAGCUGAUAUUCCGGCAUGGUUUCCUGUGCAGCAGGACUCAAUGUUGAGUGGAUCCAGGUGGAUGUUCUGUUACAGAUGACUCCUGGAUUGAAGGCUAGGCUCUUGCAGGGUUGGACCAUCACCUCUGUGUGUGGGCAACGGCUUCUGCUGUAGGAGUGGAGACCAGCAGAACUGAAGGAGCAGUCCUGAUCAGAAAUAGCACAGAAGACAUACUGCCUUGUUUUCCUAAUGUCAGAAAUGUGAAGAAUCACCAUCAGACCAAAAGUCCUUUCUGGGAGCCACAUUGUCUAGAUUUGUCUGCAUUUUGCUAGUUCACUGGAUCCCUCUUCUAGGCAUCUGGGUACUUGCACUGAGGGCUUUUCCUAAUUAUAAAGCAAAGGUGUGGGAAAGGGGAAAUAGAGAAAAAAUGUCCUCCUAUCUUGUUCUCUAUACCUCGACUUAAGAUGCAGAAGGUUUCUGUGGGCAGCACUUCUUUUUUUUUUUUUUAAUAUUUUAUUGUACUUCAGGUGAAGGCUU